GCAUGUAUCAAAAUAGAGUAUUUUAUGGACCAGUCAAAAUCUUGAAGACUCCGCACGACGCGCGUGAAGCUUUCAUUACGAUUCGGUUCAAUUGGACAUAACUCACUUUUUGUUUUCUGCUGCGCCCUUUCUCUGCACCCACCCUUUGAUUCAUACGUAAUGUCUGACCGACAACAGCAACAACAGCAACGACGUACUCAAAGCGGACAAGCCCCUGACAAUGCGCAAACCAUGCGGGCAUCCUCCGGAAGACCACAACAACAGGAACAACAGCAGCAACAACAAGACCCGCAACUAACCGACGAAGUCCUCGCGUUCAUUACUUCUGUCGAAGAGCAAGACACUGAUCAAAUGAAGUCAUUGGCGACAAAAUUGAUGCAACUUUCCGAGCCGCAAUAUCAAUCAGCGACUACGGGCAACCUGGAUCCACUUACAGUGCUGGAUCCUGCUGAGAAUAGUCUCGGAUUCCUGUUUUUCCUUACGGCUCGCUGUGCUGCUGUCACUGAUGCCGAUGUUGCCCAAUUCCUCGUCCAAGCUGUUGAUCACUUUGUACGUGUGUUUAAACCCGCGCAGCUGAUGUAUGCACCCGCAAGAAUCACCCAUAUUGCUCAUGCUUUGGAAAAUCUGUCCAAGGUGCUUCGAAACCCGGUCAUUCCUAUCGUACCGCUUAUGAUUGCCAUUGAAAGACUCACGCCUGAGAAGAAUACACUGACGUCAUUGCACGCUCCACUUGCAAAGGCGUCUGUGCUGGCCAAAAUGUAUCAUCAACCAUUGGAAGUGCUGGAUUAUGAUAUCGAGAACGUGAAUCCUACAGAUUAUGAUAUCUCGAUCAAGAGCUUCUUGUUAUACCACUAUUACAGCGCCAUGAUUUACAUUGGCAACAAGAGCUUUGAGCGUGCUAUUGAAUUUCUGGUUUUGGUCAUCUCGGCACCUGCUCAAGUCAUUAGCGCAAUCCAAGUCGAGGCUUACAAAAAGUAUAUUCUCACGUCUUUGAUCCAUUACGGUCGAGUUCCUCCGUUACCACGAUAUACAUCAGUUAUUCUGGAGAAACACUUCAAGAGCAAGUAUCCUGUAUACACUGAAAUCGCAGAUGCGUUCCAAAAUGGCCUUCCUCAACUCAGAACUGCGGUGGACACGCAUCGGGAAGCACUCACAGAGGACUCCCAUAUGGGCUUAGCCAAACAGUGUAUCGAAGCACUUCGUCGCAAAACAAUUAGACGGUUAGGCGACGUUUAUGUUACUUUGACGAUGGGUGAAAUGAUGACUUUGCUUGCUGAAAAGGAGAAGCGAGACGUGGAUGAAAGGGAGCUCGAAUGCAUGCUCGUUGCAAUGAUUGAGAAUGGCCAAAUCUCUGCCAGCAUAUCUUGUAUCUUGAACGAUGCAGGUCAGGUUAUCAAAAUGGUUCAUUUUGUGGAAGAAGAAGACAGUGGCAUACCCGUGAAUUUUGAAAGCCGGAUCACAGACGCUACCAACUUGCGAAAGAAGGUUUCUACUAUGGAUAAGGCAGAAGGUUUGAGCAAAGAAUUUCAAAGUAAAUACAUGAUGAUCAGCUCGCACGGUGAGCAUUUCCCGGUGCCGAUGGCAUAUGAUGAGGAUAUGGAUCUGCCUCUGGUUGAUGAUUCAAAAUUGUUCUCAUAAAUGUAGGAUGACUUGCAACAAAACAAAAAUGCAUACUACUCCUUCUUGCUUGGCUCAUUAAAUGCAAUUUUCCCUGUUUUCCCACCUAGUAAGAAAGUAUAAGGAUUAGCGUACAGAUUAUAUAUAAAAUGCCAUAGUAUGAUGAUGAUUCCCCGCCCUCCGGCUCCCUUUACAAAAUAAACAAGAAAUUGUACAUACUCUCACUAAGUG